CUCCGUCUCUCUCGCUCUCGCGCCUGCCUCUCGCUCUCCCGCUUGCCUAAGUGCAAAGAUUCUCUCGCUCACUUGUUCACUCUCUCGAUUCUCUUUCUUUCUUUCAUUUCUUGCAUAUUUGUUGUUGUUGUUCUCUUUUUCUUUUUUCUUUUUUGCGUUUUUCUUUGAUUUUUCAGAGUUCAUCUGCGAAAGAUGGCCACUGGUGCGGAAGCCGCAUCGCCAUUGUCAUCUACCAAGAUUCGCCCACACACUCUUCUUCAGGAGCGCAUCGUCCCCAGAAACGCGCCCUGCCGGCCGCAGUACGACAGGUUUAUUCCCAACAGAGGAGCCAUGGAUCUUGAUGUUGCUCAGUAUUUGAUGGUGGAUUCGAAGAAAGAGAAGCCAGUAGGCAUUCUAUCACCAUCACAGGAAGCAUAUAGGAAGCGGUUAGCGGAGGUCUGCCUAAAGAACAGGACCAGGAUCCUUGCUUUCAGAAGCAAACCUCCGGAGCCUACUGAGAAUAUUCCAUGGGAAGUUUCUUCAUCACCGCAGCAUUCUAGGACCGUCAAGCCUCGCAGAUACAUUCCUCAGUCUGCGGAGAGAACUCUGGAUGCACCUGAGCUGGAGGAUGACUACUACUUGAAUUUGCUUGAUUGGAGCACCAGAAAUGUUUUGGCGAUUGCUCUUGGGCGCUCUCUCUAUCUCUGGGAUGCAUCAGAAGGUACUGCUUCCGAGCUCAUGUCAGUUGAUGAGGACAGUGGCCCAAUUACAAGCGUUAGCUGGGCUCCUGAUGGUAAGCAUAUAGCCGUUGGUUUGAAGAGUUCAGCAGUUCAGUUGUGGGACACAGUGGCAAGUAAGCAGUUGAGAACUCUACGAGGUGGUCAUCAAUCAAGAGUUGGUUCUCUUGCAUGGAAUUCUCACAUUCUUACGACUGGUGGAAUGGAUGGUUUAAUAUUUAAUAAUGAUGUGCGCAUUCGAUCUCAUAUAGUUGAAGAAUACAAAGGACAUGAACAAGAAGUUUGUGGAUUAAAGUGGUCAAGCUCAGGCCAACAAUUAGCCAGCGGAGGGAAUGACAACCUUCUGCACAUCUGGGAUCGGACAAUGGCAUCAGAGCAAAAUGCUAGACAGAAUCAAUGGCUACACAGGCUGGAUGACCAUAGGGCUGCAGUGAAAGCAUUGGCCUGGUGCCCAUUCCAGGGAAAUCUACUUGCAUCAGGGGGUGGUGGCAGCGACCGCUGCAUUAAGUUCUGGAACACUCAUACUGGAUCCUGCCUGAACUCUGUAGAUACGGGUUCACAAGUUUGUGCACUCUUAUGGAGUAAAACUGAAAGGGAACUUCUCAGUUCGCACGGGUUUGAUCAGAACCAGUUGACAUUGUGGAAAUAUCCAUCGAUGGUUAGGAUGGCAGAGCUAAUCGGUCAUACUUCAAGGGUUUUGUUCAUGGCUAUGAGUCCAGAUGGGUGCACUGUGGCAUCUGCCUCUGCAGGAGAUGAAACAUUGCGAUUCUGGAAUGUUUUUGGGAAUCCCAAAACAAACAAAAAGCCAGUCAGCAAGCCACUUGGGCCAUUUGCAAGUGUCAAUAGCAUAAGGUGAAAACAGAAAAAGCGAACAUGAUUUAAGAUGGCAGACGCUGCAAGGGUAUUCAGCUUAGUUAAAUUCCAAAGGUUCAGAAUAUAGAUAGGGGCAGAUCACUUGGGCCCUCUGCAAUGUCACAAAGAUUUGGAAUUUGUCCUACAAAUUUGAUUUGCAGUUCUGGUUCGCUCUUUAACUUAUCUAUGUUAUGUUUUUGAGAUAUGCCCAUAUUGAAUUUAAGUUCUUUGGUUGAAAACACUAUUUUGAUACAUUAAACUUAUCUGGAUGAUCAGAUUUUUGAACUGGGUGAUAUUGCUCUGCAAUGUCACAAAGAUUUGGACCUUGUCCUACAAAUUUGAUUUGCAGUUCUGGUUUGCUCUUUAACUUAUAUAUAUUACCUGGCCAAUGUUUUUUGGUAUCCCAUAUUGAAUUGAAGUUCUUUGGCUGACAACACUAUUUGUUAUCCGGAUGAUCAGAUUUUUGAACUGGGUGAUAUUGGAUCUUCACUUAAGGGUUAUGCCCAAGGUCCUACGUUAUCCUUAAUGCCUAAAGGUGCCAAGGAAACAUUACAAGUCCUGAAAGUUAUGACCAAGGUUCCUACAUUAUUGUUUAGCUUAAAAAGUUAUUGUUGGAUACUUGUUAGAAUGCAAGUUAGUCGUCUGCAAAAUGGUUGUGUUUCUUUUUUUUUUUUUUCAAGGAAAGCAAUUUCAUGCUUUUAGUUUUCUGUUGUUUCUUUUGAAAAAGUACCUGGUAAAGAUCUUAUUCAAUUAUCCCCCAGAAAAUUUAUUCCUAUUUAUUUACUGUCUUUAGGUUGACUUGUUGGUUCUUUCUGAUAAUCUUAUAUUUCAUGCUUGCCCUGCUGUUCCUUUUAUUGCUUGAGUGGCCUAUGUGCAAAAAUUUUUUAGUACUAGCUAUAGGUUGCUGUAGAUUGUACUUGAAAUUUUACUACUUUCAAAAAAUAAUUUUAUUUGAUACUAAUCUUCUUGGAGUGUUCAUUAUAUCCAAUGGUGGGAAAAGUGUGAUUCUCAAUGGUGGCCAUGGUUUCUCACAGCAGCGGGACAGCCUCAGGUUGUUGGUUUUUAGCUGUUUUUUUUCUUGUUACCCCUAAUCCUCUUUGUGUGAUUCAGUAUGCAAGUCUGUUGUUGCUAGUGGCGGCCUGCUUUUCUCCAACAUCUGACAACAGCCUCAGUAUGGAAGUCUGCUGUUUAGUUUCCUAUUCUUUGCACUUGAACUUGCGACUAUAUUUGUACUACAUAAUCAUAAUGAAUCUUCUCUUAUUACUCCGUGGAUGUAGCCACACAAAUUGUGUGGUGAACCACGUAAAAAUUGUGUCAGACUAUCUGUGUGCGUGUGUGUCCUGCGUGUGUAACGAGCAAGAGCUGCAAGAAUAUUAUGUGAACCAGCAAAUUUCAUGUGUUCAAAUUAGCGGAUGCACCUUGGAUA